AUGCCCAAGUGCUCAUCGAAUGCAUGUGAUCCUUCGACCAGCUGCAAUCCACGUGAAGCAGGUUCACAUGUUGCAAUGGAAGGGAGUUGUCAAUCUGCAAAUAAUAGUGGUGAUGUUGCUAACCUGUGCAAGUUUGUUGAAUAUGGGAUUGAGGGAAGCAUUGUACUGCUCCAAGCCUGCUUAGAUCAAGUGAAAUUUCAGAGCGAAGACUUUCAGUCAAAGCCAGAUCUUCUAUCAGCUAUCUUUAGAUACUUUUUGGGUAGACCAAAUUUUGCCACAGUUUUCUGUGAAGCACUGAGAAGUAAAGUGAUCAGUGAAGUAUUUCUAGAAGGUCUCUCCAAGCAAUUGCAUUUGUCUACACCUGAGAAAAUUGUUGUUGGUCUUGCUCUGUCAGAUUCAGGAAAUACGGAUUUCAAAAUCAGAGGGCAAAAUUUCUGCAUGGCACAUAUUGAGGAAUUAUGUACAAAGCCUGCUUCUGAAGAAAAGGCUCUCAUUUUAGCUCAUAGAAAAGAAAUUGAAGAGACGAUGGAGAUUGUGCGUGAAAUACUUUCAGACAGCCGAACAAGCUGUAGUUGUUCAUCAGCCAAGCAUAAGUCAUACCCAAAUCUUGUGUUGUGACUUUGUAUUAAUUGUGGAACCUAAUGUUGUGUAAUAGUUUGAUUGAGUUUGUUUUGAAAACUUUAAAUAGUUAACAAGUGAGAUUGAUUGUUUGAUUGAGUUGUUAACUAUUUUGUUGGUAUUAUGGCUUUCAUGAUUGAUUAUUUCA